UCUGUUUGUUAUAUCCUUCAAGGUCCCACCAACAGCCAUGGGGACAACUUUCCUGCUUUGUGUGGCUGUCACCCUAUUCAGAGUGGUCAGUGGAUCAUGCCCAGUGGGGCGGGAGUUCAUUACUGCCUUUAUGCCUAACUAUUUGCUGAGCUACCAAGAUGAUCAGAGUCUUAAACUGGCCAUAACCACACAGGAUUAUCCAGCCAUUGUUCAAAUUCAGGUCAAUGCAAUCGGCUUCUCGACCUCAGUGAAAAUAGAGAAACAGAACACCAAAUGGAUUGGCAUACCUGGUACCGCUGAAAUUGGGGGUCCAGGAGCUUCCACCAAAACAGUGCAGGUCACCUCCAACUCUGACAUCUCGGUGGUGGCCUUCAACUACAAGUUCUCGACCGGAGACAGCAGUGUGGUCUUCCCGACUGACCAGCUGGGUACUGACUAUGUGGCCUUCACCCCUGUAGGGGGUCCAAGCAACAUGCACAAGCUUAUGUCUAUUAUCAACGGCAAAGAGCCCAACAAGAUCACGAUCAUCCCUGUCUCCAACAUGAAUCUCAGUGGCGUGGAUUCCUGGAAGCAAAGAAAGGCGAUGAUUGUUACCAUGGAACCAUACCAGGUCUACCUCUACCAAAGCUACACCACUUUCACUGGGACCAGGGUAAAAGCUAAGCACCCUGUGGCAGUCCUGGGGGGACACGAGUGCAUUGCAGAUGGAGGCCGCUGCAAUCACGUUUACGAACAACUGCUACCGGUACAGAGCCUCUCCACCAAUUACCUGGUUCCUUCCAUGCACAUGACCCAAUCAACAGACUUUGUCAACAUUGUGGCCUCAGAGGACAACACUCUAGUGAAGAUCUUUGAGGGAAAGGUAUCCACUGCUAAAGAGCUGAAUGAGGGGCAGGCAUAUGUGAUAUCUGUCCAACCCAAAUAUCCGCUGAUCAUCAAAAGUGAUAAGAAGGUCAUGGUGAUGUACUUCAGCAACAACAAGCCCUACGAUCCAUUCCUCACCAACAUCCUCCCAACGUCUGAUCUGGCCAAAGAGUGGUCGGUGGACACACAGAGCAAAUUCGAGAGCACAUUGGUCAUUGUCUCCGAGGGGGAAGGGAUCAAAACCGUUAAAGUCUGUGAAAAAAAUAAUUGUGUGAAAUCUCUCCAAUGGACAUCAUUCAACUCAGACCCUAAGUACAUGUGGGUAAAUGUUCCAUUGGGAGAGCAGCAACAGCAUUUCUCCAUCAAAGGCGACUCCCUCAUGGCUGUUUACGUUUAUGGUGGCAUGCCAAGAGACGGCUACGCUACAACAGGAGUAUGUACCAAAGACUCUGCACCACCCACUCCACCACCAGACCGCUGUGAGAAAGUCAAAUGCAGAGAAAAGGAAGAAUGUAUAAAGGGGGUUUGUGUCCACAUCUCCAAAGCAAUCUGCAGGGCCGUGGGCGACCCCCACUACCUCACCUUUGAUGGGGAGCGAUUUGACUUCCAGGGCACCUGCUCUUACGUCAUGGCCACGGUUGUUAAAUCUGAACCUGGCCUCAUCCCGUUCGCUGUCCUGACCAAGAACAACCACAGAGGGAACAAGAGGGUGUCUUUCGUAAGGAAAGUCUCAGUCACAGUCUAUGGGCUGACUGUGGUGAUGAGCACGCAUAAAGGGAAGGUUGAGGUGAAUGGUGAGAAUCUCUACCUGCCUGUGACCCUGGCCGGAGGAAACCUAACGGUGGUGUAUAGUGGCAGCUAUGCUGUUCUGAAGACAAAUUUUGGCCUGAAGGUUAUGUACGACUGGAACAUGAAGUUCUACAUCACUGUCCCCAGCAGCUACUUCCGUACCCUGGGUGGGCUCUGUGGGAACUACAACGGGGAUCACAAUGAUGAGUUCACUAACCCCAAAGGUAACAAGGAACCCACAGUGGUGAAGUUUGCCCAGAGCUGGAGAACUGAAGACGGCGACUUGUUCUGUCAUGAUGACUGCCAAGGGGAAUGUCCUAGCUGCACUCCGGCUCUCCAACAGAAAUACAAGGGAGAGACGUCAUGUGGUCUCUUGGCCAAAAAAGACGGCCCAUUCGCCAGUUGCCACAAGGUCAUGGACCCAGGCAUGUUCAUGGACAACUGUGUCUAUGACGUCUGCAUCAAUAAAGGCAUCUAUCAGUUCCUCUGUGAGAACAUGAAAAGCUACAAUGAUGCCUGUUUGGCCGAGGGGGUCAAAAUUAGCCCUGAGUGGAGGACAAUCACUGGAUGCUCACUGGAAUGUCCGUCAAACAGCUACUACGAGGCGUGUGGCACAGCUUGCCCUGCCUCUUGUUCAGAUCUAGAUGCCGAAGCAAAAUGCAAGGAACCCUGUGUGGAGACUUGUCAAUGCAACAAGGGCUUUGUCCUCAGUGGAGACAAAUGCGUCUCCAAGGAGAGCUGUGGCUGCUCUUAUGAAGGACGAUACUACCCGUCUGGAAUGAAGUUCUGGGAAGAUGGCAAAUGCACAAAGCAGUGUGAAUGCAAUCCAGGAACAGCCAAGGUUGAAUGCAAAGCAACAGCAUGCAAGAAAUCAGAGGUGUGUGGCCUGCAGAGCGGUAAGAGAGAUUGCUAUCCAACAUCAUAUGCCUCUUGCCAAGGUUCAGGCGACCCCCACUACCGCACGUUUGAUGGCAAGAGGUUCGACUUCCAGGGAACGUGUACUUACGUUCUCUCCAAAUUGGUCAGCAAAGAUGACAAGUCUCUGGCGCCUUUUGAGGUGCUUGUAAAGAAUCAGAAUAGGGGGAGGAACACGGCAGUGUCUUACACAAAGACAGUCACCGUCAUUGUCUUCAAAAACAUCAUCACCAUGAGUAGGGACAACCCUGGCAAAGUAUUGGUCAACAACCAGUAUGUGAACUUGCCAUUUGAUGUAGAAGAUGGCCAACUGUCCAUCUUCCGCAGUGGGUAUUUCGGGGUGGUGAAGACCAAAUUUGGCCUGACACUGAAAUUCAACUGGAACAGCCACGUCUCCCUAACCCUCCCCAGCACCUACUCAGACCUCAUCGGAGGGCUCUGCGGAAACUGGAACGGCCAACGGAACGACGACCUCCUCAAACCAGACAAGAGCCCUGCCAACACCCCAACAGUAUUUGGGGACAGCUGGAAAGUGGGGAACGACCCUGGCUGCUCCAGCGACUGCAACGGCAAGAAGUGCCCCACCUGUGACCACAGCCUGAUGCUUGAUUACCAAACAGGGAAGUACUGCGGCAGGAUCACAGACAAAAAUGGUCCGUUCAAGCACUGCCACGUCAAGGUGGACCCCACAGAGUACUAUGAGGAUUGUGUGUUUGAUAUGUGUAUGUACCGUGGCCAUGCCUCUGCCCUCUGUAACGCCCUCAGCACCUACACCACUGCCUGCCAGGAUGCCCCUGCCAAGGUGGAACAGUGGAGGUCAGACAGCUUCUGUCCAUCUUCCUGCAAGGCCAACAGCCACUAUGAGGUGUGUGCUUCCGGCUGCCCCCAGACCUGCAGCGGCCUCAAUGAGCCUGAGAGCUGUUGGAACUCCCUGUGCACCGAGGGCUGUGUCUGUGACGACGGCUUCAUACAGAGCGACAGCGAGUGUGUGCCGCUGGCUGAAUGUGGCUGCAUUCACCAAGGCCAAUACUACCAGAUGGGCCAGGUGUUCUUCCCCAGUGGCCAGUGCAAAGAGCGCUGUGUGUGUAACAAGGAUGGACUCGUGGAGUGUAAUGUGAAGUAUGCCUGCGGUCCCAAUGAGAAGUGCCAGGUCCAAGACGGGGUGCAGGCUUGUAUACCCAUGAGCACGGGCACCUGCCAUGUGAGCGGGGCCAGGAGAUUCCACUCGUUCGAUGGCAGCUGCUUCAGCCUACACGGGGACUGUGUGUACAAAAUGUCGAAGGUUGUGGAGAAAGACGGAUCGAUGGCUCCAUUUGCUGUAUCAGUGCAGCAGUUGACCAAGAUUGAUGAUGCAAUGGUCACCAGGAGGGUUGAAAUACAGGCCUACAAAUACAAGAUAUCUAUGUCUCCCAGAGUUAUAUGGGAAAUAACGGUAGUUUUCUGUCUUGAUCUACUCAUUUCAGUAUUAAAAAGCAACACUUGA